AUGUUUUGCUCAGAUCACCACCAUACUCAACGGGAUAUGACUAUCACCACUCACAUAACCGAAAAAGACACGAUCAUGUCUCUCCCCACCAUCACCCGCAAUACUACUAUCGCCCUCGUCACUGGUGCCAAUCAGGGUAUCGGCUUCGAAAUCGCUAAGAAGCUUGCCAGCGAAAAUAAUGACUACCACGUCAUUGUCUCUGGCCGCCGUUUACAAGCGGUACAAGAGGCAAGCUCCUUGCUUCAAGCUCAGGGGCUCAAUGUCUCACCUCUCAUACUGGACAUCACAUCAGAUGAUAGCAUCUCCGCCGCAGUCGAGGCUAUCGGGGAUAAAUUUGGGCGCCUUGACAUCCUUGUCAACAACAGCGCUAUCUCAGGCUACGGCAUGGCCGUGUCUCCGCGAGAACUUAUGAUGGCCGUCUAUAACACCAAUUGCAUCGGUACCGCCCUCGUCACUGACUCUUUUAUCCCCCUCCUCGAGCGCUCUACCAAGAUCCGCCGCAUUGUCUUUGUCUCUACUGCCUUGAGCAGUCUGACACUGAAGGCCGAUCCUACGAAUCCAAUGCAUAGCUUUGAUUUCGGUGUUUAUACGCAUAGCAAGUCGGCUCUCAACAUGAUCGCGCUCCACUACGCCACCAGGUAUGAGAAUGAUUCGCAGUGGAAGAUCAAUAUUGCAUGCCCGGGGCACAACUCCCGGACCGCCUUGAAUGGAUUCGCGGGAACCGAGCCUGUUGAUCUGGGUGCGAUAAGCUCUGUGAAAGCCGCCACUCUGGGGCCUGAUGGGGAGACUGGUACAUUCAAGGACGAUAAGAGGAUUAUCCCAUGGUGA